AUGCUUGCGCGCGUCAACAAGAGGGGCUCGUUGAGAGUCUCGCUGAUCUUUACUUUCAUCGUCUUUGCUCUGAUCUGGCUCAAUCCCAACUGGACGGACAGGUCGAUUCACCGGGUUUUGCACGUUGGUCUGGAUACCGACCUGACCACAGCCGAUGCCAAACAGGGCCUGUGUAAGCAGCAUGGAUGGCAGCCCUUUGAAGGCUCAACGAGGCGCGUCUACGAUCUUCUCAUGGUGAACACGGAACUCGACUGGCUAGAAAUCAGAUUGAAUACAACCUACGACCAUGUCGACUAUUUUGUAAUUGUCGAGUCCCCCAAGACUUUUACCAAUCUCGACAAGCCCUUGGUCAUCAAGGACAACCUGGACAAGUUUGCAGCCUUCCGCGACAAGAUCAUUUAUCAUGAGCUCGAGAUCCCACCCGGAUUUCACUCUGAUCGCGAGAACCCGGCAUGGGACUGGGAGGAUCUGCAGAGAAACGCAAUGUACGAUCAGGUCCUGCCUAGGCUCACCGAUGCGCGGGCGCCCCGGCACAAGGACGUCAUCAUCGUGGCCGACGUGGACGAAAUUAUCCGUCCAGAGACCAUCACUCUGCUCAAGACGUGUGACUUUCCGCGGCGACUCAACCUGCGGAGUCAGUUCUUCUACUACAGCUUUCAGUAUUUGCACAUGGGACAGCAGUGGGCACAUCCGCAGGCAACCUUUUAUCAGGGACAGGAUACGAUUCUUCCAGUCAAUCUCAGGAACGGGGACGGUGGUUUUGCACCAUUGAUUGCAUUCGAGACGGCCGACCUCUGGGAUGCUGGGUGGCACUGCUCGUCGUGCUUCUCCACGAUUGAGGAGCUCUUGACCAAAAUGUCGUCAUUUUCGCAUCAGUGGAUGAACCACGAGUUCUUUCGCAAUAGAGACUGGAUUGCAGAUCAUGUUCGGGAGGGUAAGGAUGUCUGGGCAAGAGAGACGGAACAUUAUGAAAGGAUUGAGAAUAACCACGAUAUACCCAAAAUUCUCCUCGACCAGCGGGAUAGAUUUAGAUAUUUGCUAGACAGGGACGGACCAAGUGCUGGAUUCCAAGAUUACCCAUAG